GAGAGGCGGCUCCUUGCUGGGUGAGCGCGCUGACGGGGGCGCGGGGGCGCCGGGGCGCCGGGGUGGUGGGAGAGCGCUGCUAGCUGAGCUGGAGUCCCGGCUCCAGUACCCGCCACGGACGCUGAGAGGGUGCCCGGGGUCAGACCUGCCAGACAACCCGUUUUUUCUUAUACUUAAGACGACACUUGAACAAUGAGCAAGGUGGCGAGGUCAUCAAGUGAGUCAGACGUGCAGCUCUGGGAAACAGAAGAGGAUGACAUGACAGAAGGUGAUUUAGGGUAUGGCCUCAGAAGGAAACCCGGUAGUAUUUAUGAAGUAGAAGUUUCACAUAGGUCUAGAAAAAAAUCAGAUGGAAAGAACUUUAGCCCUCCUCCAUUUCCAAGAAAGGGAGAAGAAAGAAGUGAAGCAAUUUUUCAGUAUUCCAUGCAUAAGAGCUUGCAAGAUACACAACCUCAAGUGACCAGAAUUUCCAAUUACAGACGACAAAGUAACAUUGUAGAUUCAAAUGCAGAGCUGUCAAAUGAAGAAUUAAGGCAAUGUCUUCAUGAAACUUUAGAGGAGGUAGAAAUUUUAAAAACUGAACUUGAGGCAUCUCAAAGGCAACUCAGAGGUAAAGAGGAAGCAUUGAAAAUUCUUCAAAGCAUGGCAAUACUUGACAAAGCCACAAGUCAUACACAGGCAGUGCUUCAAAAAACUGUGGAACAAAAGAGAUCCUUGGAGAAGGAAAUAAAUGCCUUGCAGUGGGAAAUAGAAUUUGAUCAUAAUAGAUUUAAAAAUAUAGAAGAAUCUUGGACCCAGAAAUAUGACAGGCUAAACUGUGAAAAUGCAGUCCUCAAAGAGAAUCUGAAAGUGAAAACAGAAGAAAUUAAAAUGCUAAAGUCUGACAAUGCAGUUUUGAAUCAACGGUAUUUGGAGGCCCUCGCCAUGCUUGAUAUCAAACAGCAGAAGAUGGCUCAGGAAAACAUGUGCUGUGAUAAAAGUGGCUUUGCAGAGGCUUCAGGUCUGGAGCUUGCAGUCCUCGGAGCCUGCCUUUGUCAUGGGCCUGGAGGGAGCCCCUGUUCUUGUGCCAGAAUGGCAGCGUCUACUCGGAAACUGCUUCUUCAGCUCAAACAAGAGUUGGAACUUUUGCAGAAGAGUAAAGAAGAAGCUUAUGUAAUGGCAGAUGCUUUCAGAAUUGCAUUUGAGCAACAAUUAAUGAGAAAAAAUGACCAGGCACUAAGAUGGACACAAAUGGAUAAAAUGUGUAAAAAAGCAACAAAAUGGAUAAACUGGAAGCACCUUAAAGAGGAUGGAUUUCUGUCACCAAAGAGUAAGAAGACCUUUGGGCAGAGACUCUUGGGUAUGCUGCCUUCAGAAAACAGUUCUAAGAGGAUGGAAGAUGAGGACAGUCCUCAGGAGGUCCUUAAGAUGCUCAUGGAUUUGCUGAAUGAUAAAGAAGAAGCUUUGGCUCAUCAAAGAAAAGUUAGUUACAUGCUUGCUCGGGCAUUAGAAGACAAAGACACUGCCUCAAAAGAGAAUAAAGAAAAAAAUCCUGCGAAAGAGAAUUUCCCUUUCAACAACCCUUGGCAUAAGACUUCAGAAUUGUCUGUUUUAGGUGAUCCUGUACAUUCAAGUAUUCAUAUUUUAAAUUCUAUGGGCUGCAUGUGUUCAAUCCAGCACUCUCAAAUAGAUCCAAACUACAGAACUCUUAAAAGAUCCCAUUCUUUGCCAUCAAGUAUCAUAUUUUAAAGACAAGCCAGUUGAAAUGACAACUGAGUUAUUGAUAUCAAGAGACUUUGAAAAAGGAGUGUGUAAAUGAUGCUGCAUCUUGAGAAGUUGUGUGUUUCCUAGGUAUUUCUAAAUUUUAGGAGAUAGUUUAAAUAUUUCCUACAUUUUUUCUUUUUUUUGAAAUGGAGUCUCACUCUGUCGCCCAGGCUGGAGUGCAGUGGCGUGCUCUCGGUUCACUGCAACUUCUGCCUC